CCGGACCAUGGCGGGGAAGGUGACGUUGGGGAGGCUACGGGCGAGUAAUUAGUAGCCGCAGUUGAUGGCCCUUUAAACACCGGAUCAGAUGGGUCGAAUGCCGAAGAAGUCUUUCUAUCUUACUGAGCUACGGAAUGUGGUGUAUCUCAAGUGCUUUAUAAGCUUCUAGUACAGAAUACCUUUAGUAUGGAAGAAUUGUUGUCAAGGACUGUGAAAAUGCAUCCAUUUGGCAGAGAGGAAGAGGAUUCAUUCGCAAGACUAUUUAUGUUCUUCAGGAAGCAUUUGGGGCAGGGACACUGGGCCUUAGCACAAGCUUGUGUCCCACAGUUAAGGCAAUGGAAGGGAGGUGCCGAACAAGUGAAGGAAAUCAUUCAGGCGAUUGUUAUCUGUCCAUACAAGUUGUUAUGGGAAUCAGUUUCCAGUCCUCAUCAACUUGCCUGGUUGUGGCUGCUGGAGCUAGAAUUGUGGUGGUCACCUGAUCAGAUAUCGCUACCACCAUUUGUUAGGAGCAGUAUUGAAUUUCUUUUGCUCCUGGAACUGCUACAACCACAGGUCUCAGAAGAUGUAAUCAAGGAGCUCUAUGAUAUAUUUUUAUACUGUCAUAACCCUGACCUGGUGAUUGAGAAGAAAUUGGACUACAGCACCCUCAAAUUAAGUUCUGAAGCAUUUUCCUCAUUAUUUAACCUGUUAUCCAGGAAGCCUCAACUUGUGCAGGCUGUGAUUGAUUACCUGCUGGUAGAAAAUAGCAAUAGUUCUACUGUGGAAUAUAAUCACACAUUACAGAAACUAUUUGUGGACUUCCUGCAUUAUGCCCUCCGUUCCUUGAAGGAAGCACGACAAGGAGAAGUCAAGAGUGGAUCUGACAUGGACACGCAUGAGCAGACCACAAAUCAAAUUUAUUCUGUAAUUUCGGUGCUUUCUUUUGAUGUGGAAAGACAGACCUUAGAAAUUCGAUGUUUGUGUGAAGAACUCUACAAUGCUUGUUAUGCAACAGAAUAUGGACUUAAUGAAGAUUGCCUGCUUGGCUACAUGCUAGGAAAACAGAAUCAGGGUCUGAUCAGUUUAUAUAGUGCUGUAUCUAUCGAGAAAACUAAAGAGAAGUUAGUUGCGCAGAUCUCACCUGAAAGAGUUGCCUUUGAACUUUCAGAAGCUGAAAGGGUUAUGUUAGCGUUGUUUACAGACUCCGAGGAGCCUACUGUCUGGAAGGCAGCGUACUUCUACAGCAUAAGCAAUAGCAGGCACUUUCUGGAGCAAGUUCUGGUUACUGCCUUGCACUGCAUAAAACGUGAGGAUUACAGCACUUUAAGUAGGUUGCUGAAGAAGACCUUUAAGCCUUUUGCACGACUCUUGGUGUUGUUGGGAUGGUCUUACUGCCAAAGUUUAGAAUCAGCUCAAACUCUUCUAUGCACACUUCAUGAAAAUAAGGAUUUAUGUUGUGAUGCUGUACUGUACAACUUUUGUACUGGACUCUCUUCUCAUAUUGAGGUACUUGAGUGGUGUUUGAAACAAAACAGAAAUAACAUUCCUGAGAAGAACUUUAUUCAGCACUUGUACAGUUUGGAUUGCCAUUCUGCUUUGUAUAGUCUUCAUCAUUUUACAAACCUACCUGCGCAGAAAGCAGAAGAAGUCAUUGAUUUACUCCAGAAGCAGUCUGCUAAUGACAAGGGUUCAAGAUGUCUGAGCCUGAUGCAAAGGCGAAAUGUGACUUUGUAUCAAACAUUGUGUGCUGUUAAAUAUGCCAUAUAUGCGCUCUGCAUAAAUGCACACCAGCUAUCUUCGUGUAAAGACUGUCCGUACUCAGCAUUGGAUCUAGCUGUCAAAGACAUUGCAGUAGAAAAUGACCAAGCAUGCAGUCAAGAUGGUUCUGCAGUUUUCAAGUUGUAUUUAUCCAGAUGUCAGGAGUUUCUGCAUGUGAUUCCUGCUCCCUUCCGGUUGGAGGUGUUGGAAAAUAUCUUCUCUUUAUUGUUCUUGUCCUAUAAUGACCUGAAUGGGGAUAAAGCAGGACCAGAAGGUCAGUUUUGCCUUGAGGAAGAAGGAGACACAGAGCAACUACAAGCACCAAAGGGAUUUGUUCGUACUGUGGGGCACUUGGAAUCCACUGUGGAGUCUAUGGAUUAUAAUGUCUCACAUUGUGAACAUUCAAAUACCGAUUUGAAAGAGAAUGCCACUCAGAAGAGUUCUGGAGUGCUUCAUAAAGAUUUCACGCGCAAUUUGAAGAAAACGGACAUUAAGAAGUUUGCAGAAACCGAUUCCACAACCAAAGAGCUGGAUUAUUUAGAUUUGAACCAUUUUAUGAUGAAUGCAAGCCAUGGCAAUGACUUCUUGGUAAAUCCUGUGACAAUGAACAUAUUUCUCGAGUUGAUACAAAGUCACCUGGAGGCAAUGAAAUGCCAUGUUCCUUGGACAUCUGGCAAUGUGUCUGAAGAGGAUGUCCAGCUAGUGGAGUGUCUGAACUGUUCAAUUGGUGCAGAUUCCUUUGGAAGCCGGUUAGCACAACUUUCUAGGUAUAUCUGUGAAGCCCAAUGGAGAUACAAAGUAGUAAUGAGCAAUAAUACAGCUGAAGGAGACUUGCUGUCCUUCACGAGAAAACAUCCAUCUAUGUCAAAGCAUUCUACAAUGAAAAGGCGAAGCAAAGCUCAAAGGAACAGGAUGGAACAGAGUUCCAGUUCUCAGUUGAUAGUGGAGAGCGGAAGUGGUGAAUUAAGUACCAGUACCUCAGAUGGAAGUGUUGUAAAUUUGACAGCAACAAAUGAACAGGGACUUAAAGCUCAAGUUCCCAGACGUAAUCUUCUGCUACCCACGAUGCUGGCUCCACCAGAGUCCCUUCUCAUUUCUUGUAUCCUGAGAGGAAACUUUGCUCAAGCACAUCAGGUAGCUUUGAUGUUUGAAAUGCAGUCGUCCUACUGUUAUGGUGAACUGAUCUUUAUGGAACGAUACCAGGAGGUAACCAAGGAACUUGCUGAGGUAGAACAGAAAAUGGAGAACCAAGGCAUGGACAAUGCUAAUCGUAAACUAAGUGUCGGGCGGUUCACGCUUCAAGCAAUUGGUGAUGCUGCAGCAGCAGGUAUGGUGUUUUAUUCUAUUUCUGAUGUUAUUGAGAAGCUGAUUAAUACAUCUGAAGUCGCCAACUUAGCAUUGCUGGAGAGCUUCUGGAAGAGUAAGGUCCAAAUUGAACCAACCAAUCCACUCCAUGAUAUCCUGGAGGACCUCAGUGCUCCUGCAAUGGCCAUCUUUGAUCUUGCUUGUACCCACUGCCAAUUGUGGAAAACCUGUAAACAGCUGCUGGAGACAGCAGAAAGGAGACUGAUGGCAGUCUUUGAGGCAAAAGGUAGAAAACCUGACUCUACUGGCCGUCGACCUGAUGGAAUCCAAGGUUUUCCUUCUGUCCUUCAACAAAUGAGCAAAAUUUUGAACUUUUCUCAUAGUUCACAUGGAUCAACAAAACUUAAGUCUUCUGAGGACAGAGUUACCAGGCACCUUAGUUGCAGCUUGACAGAGCUGCUUUUAGCUUGUUACCCUGAACUUUCUGAGGGCUGUGUCACCACACAACUCAACCUAUCAGAGUGCUUGGAGCAGGUUACACAGAAUCUUCAAGCAGCAAUAAAGUCCACUGAGGCAAAAAUUAACAUACUCAGCUGUCUAGAGCAAGCAAGUUCUCGACCUCAGGAUUCAGAAGCAGAUACAAUUCAAUCCAAUGUGAAGGAGUUACUGAAGAACCUGGAUGGCCAGAUACAACCUGUGCUAGAUAAUCAAACCAGACCAGACUACGUGAAAACCCUUUUUGACUACAUCAACACGCUUGCAGCAGUGUAUGUUCGAAGUAUGAACCGAGAUUCUGAUCAGUUUGCAGAUAUAAAAGUAGGAAAUCCUUUCAUCGUUCUGCAGCAAACUCCAUCACAACUCUUUGCACAGUUGCUUUUUGAGAAGUCAACUUCACCUGACCGGCUGUUCAUGCUACUGCACAAGGAAGACCUGAAUCUGAAUGUACAAGAGAUCAUUGUAAACUGCUGCUGUGAAUGCCUUCCACUGUGGAACACCAAGAAGCUCGGCCACUGUACAUCUUUUCUCAACGAAGCAAUUAAACUGAUAGAGGAAAACACAAAAGAUUGUCUUCCUGAUUUGGGAUUCGCCCUUCCAAGUUCAUUACAUCAGGCAGAAGGAAUAGUUGAAGGUGAAUUAUCGGAAUCUUCCUUGGGACCAUAUUCUCUCAUUCCUUCUGCUUUGAAUUUCCUCAAGUCUCAUUCAGAGUUACUAACAGUCCUUGUAUGUUUAACUGCUACCCGGGGUCAGAAGGCACUUAAACACAGUCUGUCAUGGAAGCAACGUUUGAGUGGUCGCACGGAGGUACUCCUUGACGUGGAACAAAUGUGCAAGGAGUGUGAGGAAUUAAUGAAAGGAUUUCCAGUCCUUGAACAUUUUCUUUCUGCAAUGGCUGAGCCUUUUCUAGGAACCCAAGAAGAAAUUGCCAGCCUUGUGGACUCUCUGUAUGGUAAUCCAUGUGUUACACUUUUGCUAUCAGGCCUUCAUUCUGAGAUUGCUGUGAGCACAGUAACAGAAGCAUUCAGGCAGUUCCUAUGUGAUAGACACUGGCUCAGGGCCUUGAAGACUCUGGAACUAUAUGGUGAUGAGAGUGAAGAGUUUGAGAAACUGAAAGAUGUUCUGCUCAGUUGUGCUGUCAUGGAAGAGAAAGAAGGCUGGGAAUAUCUCAUCCGCAUAAGGAAUGCUACCCUACGAGCUAAGCUGCUUCUCCACUGCAUGGAGAAGUGGCCACUUGAUGCAUGUCUUGAGGUUCUGUUUUAUUGUCUGAGUGAUCCCAGCACAAACAAAAGGGAGUUAAGGUCUGAUCUGCUUGCAAAGAAAAAGGAGCUUCAGGUUUAUCAGAAGAUCCUUAAUCUUGGGCCUCCUAUUCUUUGGCAUGGUUGGCAAGAACUUCGGACUGAAUCCAAUGAGAACCCACAGACUGUGAUGGAUAUCAUUCUGAAGGCCAGGGAGUUUGAGCUUUGUGAAUCUUGGGUUCAGCUACACCCUGUUCCAAUGCACUUCACAGUAAAGCUCUGGUAUGAAUAUCUCCUUCACCUUCUCGAGCUCGGAGAUGGAGAGAGAGCAUUCCAGCUUCUGCAGGGGAUCUGUGAUCCUGACGUAUGCCAAGUUAUAUGUGAACAAGCUUUGGAUCAGCACCCAGGAUUAGCCGCUUGCCACUUUCUUUCCAAUUAUCUUACUACCCACUUUCAUAAGAGUCUUUCUGCUGCACGACGUCAUGAAAUUCAAGCCAUUCGCAUUGGAUCAAAGCUUUUGUUAACGUUACCGGAGUCCGCACAUGAUGCCUAUUCACAUUUGUCCUCAAGUCCAUUAUUAAUGCUGGAGCAACUGCUGAUGAAUAUGAAAGUGGAUUGGGCUUCAGUAGCUGUCCAGACCCUUCAUCAGCUACUCAUGGGGCAAGAAGCGGGUUUUGCCAUUGAAGACAUCGAUUGCCUUCUUUCCAAAUAUGCAGCCAAGGCUCUUGAAGUUCCAUACGCAGUGCGAGAGAGAACACGAUCAGAUUCUGUAAUUAAUCUGCAAGAUUUGCUCACUCAGAGCGCAGGGCCAGAGAGCGUCGCCAUAUUGCCAAGUAUUGAGCAAACAGCAAGUUUGCCUUCUGUUAAUCCCCAUCUUAAUGCACCAUCAACCCCUCAGGAAACUAUCCAAAGGUCUAAAUCAAUUUGUGAAUUUGUUCCUCCGGAUAGCCUACCUGCUAAAGAAGACUGGGUACCUGACAGCAAGGCAAUGUAUUGCUUAGUCUGUUGUAAAGAAAGGUUUACCAUGUUCAAUCGACGACAUCAUUGCAGGCGCUGUGGUCGUGUUGUUUGCCAGUCUUGUUCAACAAACAAAAUGGUGAUUAAGAGCUGCAGGGAGAAGCCAGCACGAGUUUGCGACCAGUGUUACAAUUAUUACCAUACAAAAGGAAUUGAGCGACUAGGUGAAGGAGAAGCAGAUGUCACAAGUUGUGCUGAAUCUGGCUCAGAACUUGCUAUAGGUGUACAGAUGCCAAAGGUGACAGAAACACACUGGAAUCUGACUCUGAACGAGGACGAGAAUGAAAAUGAGCGCAGUGAGUUUUCCUAUGAGCAGGCUCCCAGUGCUUCUCUGUGUAUUGCUAUACUGAACUUACACAGCAAUAGCAUGGUGUGUGGCCAUCAGCUGAUAGACCAUUGCAGCAAACUGUCACAAGCAUUAACAAACCCAGAAGUGGACGCUUGCCUCUUAAUGGACAUCAUGAAGCAACUCCUCUUCAGUGCUAAAAUGAUGUUUGUUAAAGCAGGAAGGAGCCAGGACCUAGCACUUUGUGACAGUUACAUCAGCAAGGUGGAUGUAAUGAAGAUUUUAGUUGCUGCCAACUACCAGGAUGUACCUUCCCUUGAACAAAUCCUUAAACCAGCAGCCAUCACAAGGUUGAGAAAUAAGCUUUUAGAAACUGAAUACUAUGCACUAGCUGUUGAGGUUUCAACCAAGAGUGGCUUGGAUCCAACUGGGGUCUGGCAUGCUUGGGGAUUAGCCUGCCUCAAAGUAGGGAACCUAUCUGGAGCUCGAGAGAAAUUUUCUCGCUGCUUAAAUCCACCUUUUGAUCGAAAUCAGCUACAUCUCGGCUCUUCACUCCUGCAAGAAAUAGUCCAGCACUUGGAGACUUCUGUAAAACCUGCUUUGUCUACGCAGGGUGAUGACAUCCUUGCUUCAUUGAGAGAGCUAGAGACUAUGCUGAAGGUCAAUGGUGCAGCCCCUGAAAUUAAAGGAGACGGAACGGUCAAGCAGCAAGUCUUUUACGACGAAUGCCUGUUCUACUUACAAAGCUAUGGCUCCAACCUGGCCAUUAUUAGUUUUUAUAUGAGACACAACUGUACAAGAGAAGCACUGGAGCAUCUGCUGAAUAAAGAUUGUCCUGAAGAAGUGUUCAUCCGAGGGAUUUUCAUCCCAAGUUAUAAAACUGGAAAACUGCAUGAUUUAGAAAAUUUGAUGGAAGAUCUGGAUCCAAGCCUGGAGACGUGGAGUCGCCACCUCUUUGCAUCCUGCAAGCAUCUGCAGAAACAGGGUUUCUUCAACAUUCUAUAUGAUCUGCAGUGCUUCAUGAAGGAUCAUAUGCGAGCAGCUAUGACUUGCAUCAGGUUUUUCAGUCACAAAGCAGAAUCAUAUAGCACCUUGGGAGCUCAACAAGGGUGGUUGGUAGAAGCCAAAGGUCACCUGAAAACAUAUUUACAGGAAUUAUCCAGUCGUAGCUCAUUCAGAAAAAGAAAUACCAGCACUUUGCGCAAGAAAAUGUCUGCAGCAGAUGUCUCAAGGUACAUUAAUACAAUUGAACUACAGAUUGAAGUAACAAAGUUUUUGCAACGAUGUGAGAUCUCAGGGAGUUCAAGGAUCAGUGGACCUCCUGCCAAUCUCUUUGGCAAUAACAAAAUGAAGAUAGAGGUUGCAUGCAAGGUUCUACUUGGAGGCAAAAAUAUUGAAGAAGGUUUUGGGAUUUCUUUCCGAGUUAUUCAGGAUUUUCAGUUGGAUGCAGCUGCUGUGUAUGAUAAAGCUGCCAAACAUCUUCUGCAACAGCACAAAAUUUCCCAAGUCAGACAGCUGCUGAAAUGUGUUAGUGAGUCGGGAGUAGCUAGUGGCGAUGAGACUGAUAAUCUUCUCAUCCGAUUUAUUGAAGGUGGUGAUCAGCAGCUUUCACAGUCAAAAGAGCUAGAGAAUCUGAUUCUUGAAAUGAAGAAAGAUGAUAACAAGAUGAAAGCUUUCUUGUUAUGUAAUAAAUACCGCUCAGCCUAUUUGGUUGCUGUGAAGCUUGACAUCAUGCAGGCUGUGCACAGGGUACAGGAAGUGCUGGAGGCUGCUGAAAGAGCACAGGAGGAAAUCAUAUCGAAGAUCUGUAGGGACUGGCUGAAAUCACAUCAGCCUAAGACAGUGACACAAAAAACCCACAACAACUAACGUACGAGACUGAAGCUGUACAAGAUCUUAAUUGCUACCUCAAGAACAUUUGUCAUGAAAUUAUAUUAGAUUCAUCGAAAAGUAUGGGAAUAAUGUCCCAAAGUUAUUUGGACAAUCAUGGAAUUAGCAGUAUCACUUUGUCACAUAUUCUUAAUGCAAUUUUUGGUUUUUUUGCUUAAAAUUUAAAAGGAUACUGUUGCACUUGGAUAUGACUGUGGUUUCUUCUCCCCAUCUAUUCCAGUUCAGAUUCCGAUAUGUUUAAAAUAACUACAAAUUAACUCCCUUGAAGUAGGAAUUGGCUAGUGAUUAAUAAAUAAACCCAUAAUAGCUGGUUCAGUGUCAGCAACAAUUCAAACAAGUGUGUGCUUUUGACACAAUUGCAUUGUGAACUAUGAUUUAAUUCAAGGGUGGAUUAUUCAGGUUAAAAGUUGGACUCGCGUUGAACACAUUUCCAUAUUGUUUUUCUUCUGAGGUUACAGGUUACAGUCACAAAACCUUUCUGGAUGUCUUCAUUCAUCGAGUGGUACCUAUUUGAUUCAAUCAUGUUAGCAGAAAACCUAAACAUGGCAGAAUUGGCAUGUAUUACUUCCAAAGCAGUCUCCUUUGUAAUUUACUUUUGAGAAAAGAUUGUGCCAUCAGAACAGAUCUGUUUUCCUUUAUGAACCCGAAUCACUUGCCUGCUCCAUUCCUUAAAAAUUACCGAGAUUUACAAAUUUCAGAGUAAAUUAUCUCACUUACUCUGUAUCCAAAAUGAUUGAUAUUCCUGCAGGCAUCAAUUGGUGGAUUGUGAAUUCUUCUGAUACUUUCAUGCUUGACUGUUCCAGUGAUGAGCAAGUUAAAUUACAUUCUCCCCCCUUCACCCUCCAUCAAUUUCUCUUCAUCCACAUUGCUUUUCUUAUGGCUGUUUCUUUACAAUUCUGUGUGAGCCUGUAGCCUUCUGCAAUAUGCUGUGAGGUGAAUGCCAGCAGAGAAUUCUACUGUAUCUGUCUAAUAUGGGUGCACUGAAAAUCAGCCUUGUUAGCACGCAAAUGUGUCCUGCUCACUACAGCCCUAUGGCACUGGAAAUAAAUGUGGCUAGCCUUCUAAUUCAGCGCAAAAUGUAGAGAAGAUUCUCCUGUGCAAAGAAAUAACACAUCAAUAUUUGUCAUUAGAUCAUUGUGAAGAAUGUUGUCCUCAACUUUAAACUGGAGUUACAGUAUUUUUGGAAAUAAUUUGAGAAUAAAAGUAUGUGUAGUAGUAUAGCUAUUAAUUUCAUUGAAAUGUACUUCUGAAAUUGGAAAAAAAUAUAUAAUUCCUUUGUAUUUUAAGUAACCAGCUAAAAUACUAUGUACAUAGAGAAACAAAAGAAUUUUUAUUACAAAUAUGUACAUAUAUUCUUAUUGAAAUGAAGAAAUAUUUUUUAGUACUAACCUCAGUUUUCCUAUUACUGUAUUUUAUUUUACUAUUUGUACCUUAUAAUUGGAUGUAACUGGAUAAAGGAUGAAACUGUAGCCAUUUGCAUGACAUGUUCAUGAAACAAACUCAAUUAUGAUAAGUCUAUCAGGGUGAUCUGGUUCACAGAUGUCAGUUGUCACAACAAAUUGCACAAAUGUGCAUGGCUGAUAGUAGCAGCAGUGUCCAAAUAUUUACAUUUACAUUGGUUUUUCUUGUCAGCAGUUGGAGAAAUAAUUAAGUACAUUUUGUGAUUAUCAUCAGUGCUCACUUUAAAUUAUUAAUAUAUUAUGAUAGAGGAUUAAUAAGUGACCUUCAAUACUGAAUGCAAUUACUUCAUGAGCAGUAGUAAUAUUUUGUGAAUGUGCAUCUUCAAAUUUUCAUGAAUGAGUUUUUAGGUUGCUUAUUUUGAAUAUUAGAAUACUUUUGGUCUGUUUGACUAAGCACUGAUGAAAUAUGUUAGAAAACUGUUGUUUGUGUCCCAAUGCCACAAACAAAAACUGUCAUGCCUGUCCUGUCUUGGACAGAGAAUAUCUAUGAAAAUAGCAGGAAAGGAGAUGACCGAAUACUGUAUAUCUGUUAGUUCCAAAUUACUGUACACUCUACUUCAUUCUGGUAUACUCUCUUUUGCUAAUGUAAUGUUUUUUUACCCCCCGCCCCCCAAUAUUUUUCUAAGAUGGGCAAGUUAGAUUUUUAUUUGAGAAUUUUUAAUUCUUAGGAUCUCUCAAAUGGAUAUUAAACUAAUAACUGAACUGUUUUGCAAGAAAAUUAUGCCGAUGAUUGACAAAAUUAGCAUUCCUUGAUGUAUACUAUUUUAUGCAAAUAGUAUAUUUCACAUCAUGAUGCAGGAGUAUAAAUAUGUAAAAUGACAACCAUAUAGGUAAUAUUGAAGGUUUCAUGAAGACUAACAUAAACUAGUACCUCAUGCUGUGUCACAUUGAAUGUAGUGUGAUUACAAAGCAGUAUUCACACCACAUUCAAUGACACAGAAUGUAUUACUAGUUUAACAACCUUGUAAAUGCUAUUCCUCUUGAAAAGUUGUAACACAACUGUAAUGUUGUAAGUGCUGUAAUGUUUUAAUGCCAUUUUUUUAAAAAGGUACAUUAUACUGCAUACUACUUCUUAUAGCUGUGCAGUGCGAUUCUUUAUUCAAUGGAGUAUUUAUAUUUGCCCAAUCUAAUUCCCUUUGGGGAAAUAAGCAUAUCACAAAAAAAUCUAAAACAAACCUGUAAUUCUAAUAAAAAAAGGAGCAAAUUCCACAGAAGAAGCAUUCAAGUGCAACAGAUUUUGAAGUUAGAAUUAAUGCAAUUUGUAUGCAUUUAAUAGAAAGAAAUCAUGUUGUUUAGAUAGUAGGACUGCUCGAGUGAUUUAAUACACUAGAUGACUCCUAUAGAUUUCACCAUGCCAUUAUUCUAAAGUUUAGUUUAUUUGUGCAGGUUUUCCACAUCUAAUUCUAUUGAAAUAUAGGUUAGAUCAAAUGUUAAUUUGAGCAUCCAUUAAAACCCAAUUGGAAUGAUGGUGGUAGAAAAGUAUUUUUUUCAUGCCUAUUAACAAAUAGUUUCCUGCUUCAGAAUAAUUUUUGAAUUUUGGCAAGUUUUGAAUGGCAUUGUAAUGGCAGGCAGUGAAUUGUAUACUUCUCAUUCCCUACCUAUCUCAGCUCUUCGCCGAUGGUGGACUUUACUGCUGCUUUUGCAAACAAGAUUUGAUAGACUGGUACUUCCUCCCCAAGAAAAUGAGUCGUCCUCUAUUUGAAGCCUUUAACGCUUAAUACCUAAAAGUUUUCUUUCUGUUAUAAAUACGCAAUCAUUUUGGUUCCAGAUUUCAUAGGUAUGUCAUUAGAAAAUAAAGCUGGACUUGGAUAUUAGAAUAUUUGACCUAUAUAAUCACAAUUUUAACUCUCCUCAUUUCCUCCUUUAUCAUAACAACAUUUAAAAAUAAAAUUUGCAUAGCACUCUCCCGUUUGCUAUUGUCUAUGAUGCAAACAAGAAAAAAAUGAUUUAACAAUUUUAGAUCAAUUAUAACAAGAGCUUUUGUGUCAUAGAUCUUACCUAAACAAUUGUGCAGUUAAAGAACUUGCAUAUUAAACUUAUAGCUAACAAAAAUGCUUGCUUCAGAGGUUCCACACGUUUUAUACUGACAACUCUAAAUGAAGCAUGAGACCUAUUAAUCCAAUGAGGGCUGUAAGUGUGAAAAAUGAAGAGGAUGUUUAUUGUUUAUAUGUCUACUAUUAUAACGUAAUAUCUGAACAAACUGCACGUUCCAAUUGUAUGAGCUGUGUUUCAAUUGCACUGUAAAAAGCACUUUUAACAUGGAAUCCACUUAGCUUUACCAUGGGAAUUAAUGUUAAAUGCCAAAUAAGGUGCGAUUGUUUGUCUAACUUUCUAUUAAACUAGCAGACUGUGACUUGACCACUUUAAAAGUAACUCUUGACAAACCUUUGAGAAUAUUUUGUAAUCUAGAGCUAAAACAGCAUCUAACUUGUGAAUAUUUUAUUAAUUUUUCCUACACCAGUAAAAUUUGUCAACCAAAUUUACAACUUUUAUGUAUCAAUAUUUCUGUUUUUGGAAUUACACAUCACCUUUUAUGAUUGUCUAAAUGGUUGUGAUU